AUGGGCGAGGUCUGGGAGGGAUGGUUCACCGUCUGCGUCGUCUUCGUCGCGUUCGGAUGCCUCCUGUGGGACGUCGUCGCGCCCGACCACGUCAUGAUGGGCGCGCUCGCGGUGCUCAUGGUCUCGAACGUCGUGAGCGUCGCGGAGGGGCUGAGCGGAUUCGCGAACGAAGGGCUCCUCACCGUCGCCGUGCUCUUCGUCGUCGCCGCGGGCAUCAGCGCCACGGGCGGGCUGGACUGGUACAUGGGCAAGCUGCUGGGGCGCCCGCGCACGAUCGCGGGCGCGCAGCUCAGGCGCCGGUGGGCGGAAAACAUUCGACUCCCGAAGGAGCAGGUCAUGAUGCCGCUGUCGUUCGCGUCCAUCCUCGGAGGCACGUGCACGCUCAUCGGCACGAGCACGAAUCUCGUCGUGCUCGGGAUGCUCAACGAGUGGAAGGGCGCGGACGGGACGUCGACGCGGACGUAUAAGAUGGGGCUGUUCGACUUGGGUCUCGGGAUGUGCUACGUCCUGCUCGCGUCUCGGAGGUUGCUUCCGGGCGGCGCGGCGGCGCGGCGGAGUGGCGGCGGUGCGGGCGGCGCGGGGGGCGGCGCCGGGGGUAAAGGCGGCGCAGCCGGCGGCCGCGGCGAGGACCUCAUCGUCGGCGCGCGGCUGCAGGCGUGGAGCGCCGCCGUCGGACGCACCGUCGCCGGGAGCGGCUUGCGCGGCUUGCCCGGGCUGUACCUCGUGUCCGUGAAGCGCGACGAGACGCUGAUGCGCGCGGUCGGGCCGGAGUUCGUCCUCGCGCAAGGGGACGUGCUCUACUUCACCGGGUUGGUGGAGAGCUUGGGGCGGGUCUGCGCGGAGUACGGGCUCAUGGCGAUGACGUCGGAGCACGACAGCGACGACGACGACGACGACGACGACGACGAGGUGGUGGAGGUGGACGGCGGCGGCGACGAUACCGACGGCGACGAGGACGAGAUCGCGCCGACGACGUCGUCGUCCCCGGAGACGGCGACGGCCCCGGGAGCGCCGUCCGACCGCGGCGUCGACCGCGGCGGCGUCGGCGGCGUCCCCGCGGCGGUGCCUGAGAAGAGCGAGCUCCUCGAGAUGCAGGCGCGUUCUCCUCACACCGGUUCCCAUACGACCGCGUUCGCGUGCGCGACGGAUCGCCCGGGGUUGCUUCACGACAUCUCGCAGGCGCUGAACCGCUUGAGAGUGCAGCUGCUGCACUGCGAGGCUUCCGCGGUGGCGAACCGAAGCGUGUCGAUAUGGCGCCUGCAGACGGUGCUCGAGGAGACGACGAGAGAGGAGAUCGCGCUCGUGAUCGACGCGUUGUUGGCGCCGGAGACGGGCGUGGAGGCGGUGAAGAAGAAGGGGUCGAUCGUCCUUCGCGUCCGCGUGCGCGAGAGCUCGCGGCUCGUCGGAUCGACGCCCGCGGAGGUGAACUUCCGAAGCGCGUACAACGCCGCGAUCGUCGCGAUGCAGCGCGGGGGGCGGUCGCCGGAGGGGAAGCUCGGGACGACGCGGCUCGCGGCGGGCGACGCGCUCGUGCUUCAGGUGCGCGAGGACUCGCCGCUUUUGGAGCCGGCGCCGAAGGAUCUGUCCACGACGGGCGAGUACGACUCCGGGGGCGAGGACGUCGCGCCGGCGGCGGCGAGCGGAGGCGGUGGCGCGGGGGGAAGGCUGUCGUCGCCGUUCAAGCGCGUCGGGAGCUCGAGCGCGAAGCUGUCGAGCGGCGGCGGCGGCGGUACCCCGGCGGGGAGCGCGAACGACCUGGUCGCGAAGGGCGAGACGCCCGCGGAUUCCGCGCGCGCGAACCCCAACGGCGCGCUCGCGGGGAUGUCGUUCCAGAGCAGGAGGAGGAACCCGGGAGAAAACUACUACGCGCCGCAGACGACGUCCGGGAUCUCGAAUUCGAAUUCUGCCGCGACGGCGACGCCGACGCCGACGCCGACGCCGACGCCGCUCGGCUCUGGCGCCGGCGCGAAGCCGUCGACCGCGGGGAUGUCCAUCCGCUCGCGGCCCGCCGACGCCGCGUCCGCGGACGACGUCGCGCUCGAGAUCCCCGACGGCGUGCCCGCCGCGCGCGACCCGGCGACGCUUCGCGCGCGGCGCGUGCGCGUCGCGCACAGGGACCUGGAAGUCAUCGCGGACGGCGGCGGCGGCGGCGGCGACGGCAACGAGUUUCUCAUCGCCGUCAGGGUCAAGCCGGGCGCGAAGAACUUCAUCGGGAAGACCGCGGACGGCGCCGGGUUGCGGUCGCUUCCCGGGCUGUUCUUGGUGUCAAUCGAGCGGAAGCGCGAGGAUGGCGACGCGCCGAAGGGCGAGGCGGCGACCGCGGCGACGGUGGAGCCGCCCGCCCAGUCCUCGUCGUCGUCGUCGUCCUCCGCCGCGAAAACACUUUCGCCGCCGCUAACGCCGCCGUCGCUCCCGCCGGCGUCCGGCCCCGGAAGCGUCGACCGCGUCGACGUCGUGGACCCGACCGACGACGCCCUGCGCGCGGACGACGUCCUGUGGUACGCGGGUAACGCGAAGAACAUCGCGAUGAUCCGGAAAGUCCCGGGCCUGGCGCCGUACUCGAGCGACCAGGUGUCGAAGCUGAUCGUCGCCGCGCUGUUCGCCGCGGGGAUCAUGAUGUGCGUCGGCGCGCUGUCGGAGCAAGAAGCGCGAGACGCCAUCAAGUGGGACGUCAUCGUCACCAUCGCCGCCGCGUUCGGGAUCAGCAAAGCGCUUCAAAACAGCGGCGUCGCGAGCGCGGUGGCGAACAAGCUCGUGGACGCGGCGACCGCGUCCGGGACCGGCUACGUCGGCCUCCUCGUCGCGGUGUACCUCGCGACGUUUCUCAUCAGCAACGUCGUCACGAACAACGCGGCGGCGGCGUUGAUGUUUCCGAUCGCCGCGGAAGCCGCCGAGAUGCAGGGCGAGUCGCUUUUGAAGAUCGCGUUCUGCGUCAUGCUCGCCGCGAGCGCGAGUUUCAUGUCGCCGUUCGGGUACCAGACGAACCUCAUGGUGUACGGCCCGGGCGGGUACGUCUUCGCGGACUUUCUUCGGUUCGGAUCGCCGAUGCAAGUCGCGCAGUUGAUCGUGAGCGUGACGGUGCUUGCGUUGGGGGAGGAAUGGUGGUGGACGUGCUGGCUGACGCUCUCCGGGUCGUUCGCGUUCGUGUGCGCGGUGAUGACGCGGGAGAGGAACUACUGCGGGGAGGGCGUCGACGCCGUCGCGCGGUUCGCGCGAGGCGCGGUCGCGAAGUUGAAGAAACGACGCGACGGAGGCGGCGAAGGCGAAGGCGAAGAUGGCUGGGAAAACGAAGAAGAAGAAGGCGAACCUCCUCCUCCGACGGCGGAGGCGAACGACGCGACGCGGUAGCGCAGAGUGUUCGUUUGACGUGAUGUACUGACGUAAUGUUACAAC